AUGACACCUGGCCGUGAAAGAGCCCUGCGCCGCCAGACGAUGGAGUACGUGGUGCGCGAUGGUUCGCCAGUGCUGCUGUACCGGGUGCGCAGGGGCCAGGCCGGCGCCAGCCUGGCGCUGGACGCCGCCAAGGGCGCCGGCCUGGGCCCGCUGCUGCCGCGCGCCGCAGCGGUCGCCACCAGCCUGCAGGUCACCACCACCACCACCACCACCGCCCCUCCCCAAGUAACCGCAGAGGUCUACGUACCGCGCGCUCUCGCCAACAAUAGCAAUAGGCUGAAUCUCUCUGCA